GAUAUAAGAAUUAAGAAAGGGGAAAGGAGCAGAGUGUGAGUGUGUGGCCCACUUGCGUAACCGACGACGCCAACCAUCCCAUUCCAAAGUAACAACUCAACGACACUUGUUUCUUCCCUUCUCAUUCUCUUUCUCUACAUUUCAUUCAUUCUUCUCCAAUUAGGGCUUUGCAUUUUGCAUUUCACUUUCUCAUUUUCCCAUGGCUACUCACCUUCUUCAUAUCGAACCCGCCGAGCUCCGGUUCGUCUUUGAAUUGAAGAAACAAAGUUCAUGUUUGGUUCAACUUGCCAACAACACUGAUCACUUUCUUGCCUUUAAGGUAAAAACAACUUCACCCAAAAAAUAUUGCGUCAGGCCCAACAUAGGCAUCAUCAAGCCCAAUGAUAAAUGUGAUUUUACUGUUACUAUGCAAGCUCAGCGCAUGGCACCGCCUGAUAUGCUGUGUAAAGACAAAUUUCUUAUUCAGAGCACAGUUGUCCCGGUUGGAACCACAGAAGAUGACAUCACCUCUGAUAUGUUUGCAAAAGACAGUGGAAAGUUUAUUGAGGAGAAGAAACUACGGGUAGUCCUCAUCAGUCCACCAUCUUCUCCGGUGUUGCUUCCAGUAAAUGGUGAUAUGAAGCAUGAUCCAUCCAACGAAAUUAAUGUGCAAAAAGAUAGGUUGCCCAGUGGAGUUGAAAACAUACCUCCCCCUCGUAAAGUUUCCGAGGAGGUUAAAGGUUUGGAACCAGCCCAGGAUAUGAAGGAGGAUAGAGCAGAUGAGGAUAUUGUCCCAAGACAAGCUGAGAAUGUUGGUGACAUGAAGCCAGCAAAAGAUGAUGUGCAGUCGAAUUUAGCCAAUGAAUCUGAGGAAUUGAAGUCAAAACUUAGUGUAAUGGAUUCAAAGCUAAGAGAGGCUGAGGUAACCAUCACGAAGCUGAAUGAGGAGAGGCGCAGGAACACUCAAGAAAAAGAUUUGCUUAAGAAAGAGUUGGAGGUGUUGAAGAGGCAAAUCAAUACGAAAGGAAAUCAGGCUGGUUUUCCAUUUCUGUUUGUUUGCAUGGUUGCUCUUAUCAGUGUGGCAGUUGGAUAUUAUAUUCAUCCAUAAGGGAGAUAACUGCGUGUAUAGGAUAGCUGAUGGCAGACGUUCUAAAAUCAUGGGUUUCUCCGUAAUGACUAGAUAGAGGAUGGUUCAUUUGUUUAUUGUGAUGGUUUUACUGGACAGAUGUUAAUAUGUGAUGUGGGAAGCUAUGGAAUUGCAUGUGAAGUGAACUAAGCCUUUCAAUAGAAGUAUCACAAGCAGCAUUCUGAUUCUGAUAAGCCUUUCAAAA